UCCCGAUCUCGACGUUCCCACCCAUUCAAUGUCAAUCAAAAACAUUUUGUACAAUGCAUCUGCUUUGGAAGGUGGAUCUAGUUGUCCCACUUCAGAAAUUUCAACACACAAUUCACCUCGAGGAAAAUUCUCAAUCUCACCCUUUUCCUCUCUGAGCCGACCCUUGGGCUUCUCGCAAGAGAAGAUACUAUUCACUGUUCUCUACUUUUCCUCAUCGUCAUCACCCCUUGUACUCAUCGUCAUCUCCCUCGUUAGUCCAGUCCCCUCGAUACACGGACAGACGAUAAACCCAUUCAUGAAACUCCAUAUUCCCUUCCCAAGUCCUUCUUCUAAUUUGUGAGCCUCGAGAAAGUGAACUAUAGUUUACAAGGCUUGCAUUCGCAAUUUGUUGGCCCCAUUGCAUACCACCACUUCUGGUCAGUCAUGACAGCGUAUAGCCUCACUGUUAUUUGCCUCCUAGUGCUGGGCUUUUGUCUAGCUCGCCUUCACCAGCAAAGAAGCGAGUUCAAGAAUCUUAUAAGUUGCCACCCUAUUAUCAAAGCCUGCACUGGCCUGAUCUCCCGCCAAAAGCUCAUCGAGCACGCAGCGAAGGAUAUCUUCUCUUUCGAAGAAUUAUGUGCAAGAUUAAUCUUCAACACCGUCACUCGGAUUGCUCUGUAAGUGGUUCCCGAGUCAGCAAUCCGACGCAGUUGAGCUAAUCUUGGUGCCGUGGAGUUGGCUGCGAUGCAAUCCGGAAAGACAAUGACUUU